GUCCGUUUUUGGGUUUUAAAGAUCCUACGCCACCUGAUUUUUCCCUAAAGCAACCCAUGUAUUUAAUUGAACCACACAAAACACAAAUAUAAUAAACAACCACAUAUCCCCUAGUUCCACAAACCACCAUUUCUCCACUGCUCUCCGCUAUCGUGCGCCGUAGAGGCGAUAAACAUCAACGGAUAAGAUGCCAGCCGGCGAGCUCCGACACACAGGGUCGUCCUCCGAAGUCGAAGGCGAGGCGUGGGUGUGGGCCCAGAUCAAAGCCGAGGCGCGCCUCGACGCCGAGGCCGAACCGGCUCUGGCCAGCUACCUCUACUCUACGAUACUCUCCCACUCGUCGUUGAAGCGAUCCCUGUCGUUUCACUUGGGGAACAAGCUCUGCUCCUCCACUCUCCUCUCCACGCUCCUCUACGACCUCUUUCUCAACACCUUCUCCUCCGACCCCUCUCUGCUCGCCGCAGCCGUUGCCGAUCUCCGCGCCGCCCACGAGCGCGACCCCGCCUGCGUCUCAUUCUCCCACUGCUUGCUCAAUUACAAGGGCUUCUUAGCCUGUCAGGCUCAUCGAGUGGCGCACAAGCUGUGGAUCCAGUCACGCAGGCCCUUGGCGCUUGCGCUGCAUUCGCGGAUCGCCGACGUGUUCGCGGUGGACAUACACCCGGCGGCGAGGAUCGGAAAGGGGGUGCUGUUCGACCACGCCACCGGGGUGGUGGUGGGGGAGACGGCGGUGAUCGGAAACAACGUGUCGAUACUUCACCACGUGACGCUGGGUGGGACCGGCAAGGCCGGCGGAGAUCGGCACCCGAAGAUCGGCGAUGGGGUUUUGAUCGGCGCGAGCGCGACGAUUCUAGGGAAUGUGAAGAUAGGGGAGGGGGCGAAGAUCGGGGCCGGAUCGGUGGUGUUGAUUGAUGUGCCGCCAAGCACGACGGCGGUUGGGAAUCCGGCGAGGUUGGUUGGCGGGAAGGAACGGCCGUCGAAGCUUGAGGAUGUGCCUGGCGAGUCCAUGGACCAUACGUCGUUUAUUUCCGAGUGGUCUGACUAUAUUAUAUAAGAAUGAGAGUUGUGAACUUGUGAUAGUUAUGUUAGUUGUUUAUCGUUAUGCUUUGUUUUUGUACUUUGUUUUCUUCUUCUCUUAAAAAGGAGAUUAUCUAAACCUUGUUGAGCCUUG